UGGAUGUAUGGACCGAGUAAGCCAAAGACAUCGUUUCCCCAAAGCCAAUCCAAGUAUUUUUAAAACUUGGUUAGAAGUUAUUAAUCCACAAAAUUGGCCAGAAUUAUCCGAUGAACAGAUUUACAAUAGAUAUUACGUGUGUCAUCCACAUUUUACCAAGCUGGACAUACAAGAACCACAAUCUGACUCGAUGAUGAAUAAGAAAAAAAUCCAAAAAGGGGUUAGAAAGUCAAUUUUGACGAGGUUGCAGUACACUAGGAUUUCACAACUAACUGCGAAAGAAAAAAUAAUGUACUCAAUGUUGAAAGAGUACAAUGCUAGGAUGAGUCAGCUUAAAUACCAAAAUAAAUGUCUCAGGUAACAAUUAGCUUAUGCAAAAAAAAUUAUUUCAUCUCGUGGAUUUCAAACGCUUUCUUUGCAUAUCUCUGAACCAACUUAUAAUUUCAUCUUAUGUCAAUUGAGGAAUCAGACAGUCAAGGUAAACAUAAAAAAAUAAUUAUUAUUCAUUUAUAUUGAUGGUUUCACUUUGUGGGAAAACAAUAUUUGUUUAUUUAUAUACCUGCAAUGUACAAUGUAUACCGAUUGUAUAUUUUUCUUAUAAUUAUUAUUCUGAAUUCGU